AUGGCGACGAAUCUCGUGAAAGGUGGCCGCGCAGGCUUAAGAACGAGCUCGAUUUUCGUUUUUGCAUGCCUUGUAGCAGCGCUCGUGCCGGCAUGUUCGUCGAUCGGCCCCAACCCUAGCAUCUCGUCUCUCUCCGCGUCUCGCGGCAUCGCCUCGCCGUCGCAUGCGGCGCCCAAGGCGGGUCCGCAGAUCAGCAGCCUGCUGCUGCUCCUGCCGCCUCGCGCGCGCAACCCUGUCAGAUUCCAUCUCCUCGGAUCCAACGGCUGCUUCUCCUGGGCAUGGGACCACCACGACCUGCUGCACGUGCAGCCUCUCCUCAACACCACCGAUGAUGACGCUCAUUCGCCCGCAGCAGCAACAGAAGCAGCAGGAGCGGCAGGAGGGCAAGCGUGGGGGUCCCAUGGCAGCAGCAGAAGCAGCAGUAGCGGCAGCAGUGGGGCGCGCGGGGGGUGUUCGACGAGCGCGCUGAUAUCGUCCAUCGCGCCGUACUCGGGCGCGCCGCGCACCACGGCCGUCAUCGCCACGGACCUGCUCUAUGGGGCCGUGCUGCGCUGCGAGGUGCGGGUGGACGUGGUGCAGAGGGUGGCCAUAUUCCACCGCAGUCUCAAGAUGGGCCUCUCCUCCCUCGCUGAUCUCGAGGUGCUCGCCUUCAACGACCACGGCGACGUGUUCUCAUCAGUGGCGGGGCUCUCCUUCCGCUGGACCCUCACGCCCCUUGGCUCGCCCCUCCCCGCCCACCGCCAACCUGCGGCCUCCACGGCGCCACGUGGCGAGCAGGCAUUGGAGCACCGCCUGCAGCACGUGCCCCUGGAGGAAGCGGCGCUGCUGCUGGCGGGCGGCGAGGAGGGGCGCGGUGCUGCCCGGGACGACCUGGGGGUGGAGCGGUCAGACGUGUACGUGGUGAGGGGCGUGGCACCGGGGCAGGAGAGGGUCGCCGUUCAGCUCAUGGACGCUGACGUCACCGCCGCCGCUGCUGAUACAGCAGGAGCAGCAGCAGGGGGUGCGGCAGCACUGCCGUCGGACGCCAUAACGCUGACGGUGGCGCAGGCCUUCUCCCUGCAGCCGCCCUCCCCCGUGCUGCUGCUGCCCGGCGCCCGCCUGCCCUUCCGCCUCCUCACCUUCACCCACAAUGCUCUGCAGCGUACGCCACCCACACCCCCCCCUCCUCCUCGCCCUCCUUCGACCUCUCCCUCACCCACCCCCCCUCCCCCGACCCCCUCCCUCCUCCCCUACCCGCACCUCCCUCCUCGCUCUCCCUCCUCUCCCUUGUCGCCCACCCUCCUCUCCCUUGUCGCCCACCCUCCUCUCCCUUGUCGCCCACCCUCCUCUCCCUUGUCGCUCUCCCUCCUCUCCCUUGUCGCCCACCCUCUUCUCCCUUGUCGCCCACCCUCCUCUCCCUUGUCGCUCUCCCUCCUCUCCCUUGUCGCCCACCCUCCUCCCUUGUCGCCCACCCUCCUCUCCCUUGUCGCGCACCCUCCUCUCCCGCACCGAGCAUGCUGUUUUUUCCAGCUGCCGCUUCCCUUUCGCUUCAGUCACCCACUUUUCCCACCUCUCCCCUACGCGUGGGCGACAGGCAAUGUCUCAGUGGCAUCAGUGCAUCCUGCACAGGGCGUGCUGUCUGCGCUCGCCCAGGGCGCCACCACGCUCACCACCACUGACGUGCGCUUGGUGGACCACCACCAGGCCGCCUCCAUCCACGUCGUGCCACCUGGCGACGUCAAGAUCUUCCUCGCGCCGCUGGCGCCUCCUGUCCCAGGGGAUGGGGGUGCCGAGGUGGAGGUGUGUUCUCGUGCAGAUGCAAAAGGGGGAGGGGGUCUGCCUGGGGCUGUAGCGUGCAGGGCUGUGGCAGAGCCUGUGGCCAGUGGAGGGGACACGUGGCACCUUGUGGUUGGGCGGGAGUAUGCCCUGUGGGUGCAGGUGUUUGCACAUGGCUGGCCCAGCCGGCCUGUGCUGCUCACAGAGGCAGACACGCUGCUACUGCGCUUCGACCACCCACCCCUCUGGACUGUCGUGAACGAUGCUGCGUCUGCCUCUCUGCCUGCACAGGCGCCUGGUGGCAUGGAGGGGGGAGGGGGUGGUGGGGAGGAGAGGAGCCGUGUGGUUGUGGUGCGCGGAGGGCAGCAGGGGCAGGGCGAGGUGCAGGCUGAGCUGCGGUACCGAGAGGUGAAGAGCGGUGGGAAGGGGCGGGAGGAGAAGGUGGUGGCGGCGCAGGCGAUUCGUGUGUGCGACCCUGUGCUGGUGCACCCGCCCUCCCCCACAACCUCUGCCUCUUCUUCAUCUCCUACUCCUGUGGACCCUGUCCACGUGGUGCACCUGCCGUGGGUGCCGCAGCUUGACUCUGCGGCGCCACCCCAGCGGCAGCACCUGCUGCUGCUGGCGUCGGGAGGGUGUGGCGAGCGUGCUGCUGACUACGUGUGGACCAGCUCUGACUCCACCGUCGUCCACGUGGCGCCCUCUGGUUGGCUGACGGUGGCCGGGCCGGGUGUUACGAUGGUGCGAGUGGCAGCAGCAGUGGACGGCAACAACUUUCACCAGGUGGAGGUGCGGGUGAGUGAGCCACACACGAUGCAGGCGGUGGGCGAGGAGGAGGGCAGCGCCUUGCACCUGAGCGUGGGUGUGGAGGCGCUUGUGGGCCACUCGCUGCUGCUCGCUGCCCGCCUCCUCUCCUCCUCAGGAGAGCCGUACACCAACUGCACCGCCCUGAACCCAUUCGUGCAGUGGCAUCUGCAGGCACUGUUGCCUGCCACCCCUCCGUCCUUCACCCUCACGUCUCCACCCCCAAUCGCCUUCAUGCCACCAUCCGCUCUCUCGCCCAUCUGCGUGUGGGCCUCCCUGUCCGCCAUAGCACCUGGCCGCACACAAGCGAUAGCCCUCCUGCCACUGCCGCCACACACAAAACCUGCUGAUGCUGACGCUGGCAGUGUGGAAGAGAGGGCAGGGGGGAGCUCAGAGGGCGCGGGGCAGGGAGUGCAAGGGGAGUGGGCGGUGGCGGGGCAGUUCCUGGACCAGGUGCAUGUGACGGUGGUGGGGGGUGAGAAAGGACUGCUGCUGGGAGGAGAGGCGGAGAGGAAAGGAGGAGAGGGGCGGAGGGAGGGGGAGAAGGGAGGGGCGGUGGAGGUGGAGCAGGUGGGGGGGCGGGGUGGCAGGGGGUACGUGGUGCGCUGUGCUGGCGGUGAGGCGUCCAACAACAGCUACCUAGUCACCUUCACGAGAGGCCACCUGCUGUCGUCCCACACCCCGCCCACUACCGUCCCUUCCGCGUCCAUCCUGCUGCACUGCUCGCUGCCUGCUGCUGCCGCCAUUCUGCUGGAUGACUCAGCCCGCCUCCCUGCAGCCAUAGCAGCAUCAGCAGCCUCCUGCCAUCCACCAACGGGAGAAUGCCACGUGGCACCAAUCACCCUUGUGACACAUCAGCACGUGCGGCUGGUCGCUGCAGCUCUCUCCUCCUCCAUCGUGCCCUUUGCCAACGCGUCCAGCCAAUGGCUGCACGCCACGUGGCAGCUGGAGGGGUGUGAUGACAUGGCAUGGUGGGGUGCGGACGAGCCCAGCAGUGGGGGGGUUGGUUCAGAGGAGGAGUGGAGCAGAUGGGUGCACACAGGCGACAGGGGAGGCGAGUGUCACGUGCAUGUGGACGUGACAGCACCACACGCCAAGGGGGGCUGGCUGCACGUCAAGCCAGAGGGGCAGGGCGCCCACAGGGACGCCUUCCAUCUGCGCGCUUCUGCCCUCCUGCAGGUGGUGAAGGCGCUCAGGUUGGAACCGCAGGCGGUGCUGCUCGUCAACCACCCCCACGCCCAUGCGGAUGUGACAGUAACAGGGGGCACCUCCGAGCUCCAGUUCUUCAUCUCCGACCAAUCAGUGGCUGCCAUUCUGCCACGUGGCACUGCAGCAGCAGUCCAGCUGGCAGCGCGUGCACGAGGCGAUGCCACGUUGACAGCAGUGGACGCUGGCCUCUCCCAUCCGCUCUCUGCCAACGCCUCGGUGUCAGUAGCUGACGUGGCAUGGGUGCGCCUGCAUCCCGAGGGCGCAGAGCCGUCCACGUCAGCAGGGGCGGGCGAGUGGUGGGUGCAGGUGGGGGCGACAGCGCACAUCACAGUGACAGUGGGGGACGACCGCGGCCACCUCUUCCCCGCCUCACAGUUCGAGUGGAUGGGGUUGGAGGCACACGGCAUGGCAGGUGUGGUCGCCCUGCACCUGCCCUGCUCGCACUCCUCCUCUGCUGGCGAUGACGUGGCAUGUUCUGACUCGCUGGAGCUCACAGGGACGGCUGUGGGAGUCACCACUGCCUUCCAGGUGAGCGCAGGCAUCCACCUGACAACGCGGAGGGUGUUUUCAGAUGCCGUGCGCAUCACGGUGUAUGCGCCGCUCGCCCUACACCCGCCCUCGCUCACCCUCGCCCCGGGAGCAUCAUACAUGCUGCAAGCCACGGGUGGUCCGUCCUCCCCAACCACGACGAUCGCAUUCGCCUCCUCCAACGCUGACGUGGCGCUCGUCGAUUCGUCGUCCGGCCUCGUCACGUCCCGAGCGCCUGGCACAACUGUCAUCCGAGCCAUGGCGCUAGGCUCGGCAGGGCAGGUUCUGAGUGUUGCCGAGUCUCGGGUGGAGGUUCGGGUGAUGGAGGCAGUGGGUCUGAGUGUGGGCAACGGGCAGCUGGCAGUGGGCGAGGAGAUGGCCGUGUUCCCCACUGGGGGGCAUCAGGGAGAGGAUCUGCUCUCGUUCGCACGGGUGUGCCACGGCUACCAGUGGAGUGUCAGCCACAACCAGCUGCUGCACCUACAAACGGCGCCAUCGCUCGACGCACAGGUGCCUGGCAGCACCGCAGGGGCGGCCAGCAGCAGCAACCGCGGGAGUGACAGUGCCAGCGACAGCGGCAGUGCAGCGGUGGACAUGGGCUUCUCAGCGCGCAUCACUGCCAGGGCGCCUGGCACUGCCACGAUCUCUCUCACCUUCACCUGCUCCUUCCCCACCUCCUCCAAGCCCUCAGCUGCCCCCCUCCGCCGCUCCUACUCCGCUUCUGCCUCCAUCUCCAUCGUCCCCACGCCCCCUCUCGCGCUGGGCAUCCCUGCCACGUGGCUGCUGCCCAUUGGCUACACCUCCUCCCCUCUGCUCCCACCCUCUCUCGCUUCCACCACCUCGGGAGGUGCGGCGAAUGCUGCAGCUGCACGCUACUCCUACUCCCUGUUACACGACCAGUCACCCCUAGGCAGCGGACAUGUGUCGCUGGCAGAAGGCGGGCGAAUAGCAACGGGCGAGCGAGCAGCGCUGGGGUGCAUUGCAGUGGCCGACUCUGCCAGCGGCCUCCACGACAUCGCUGCCUGUGUGCGCACCGCCCAGGCAGCACAGCUGACGGUGGGCGACAACGACUUCCCCUUCCAUGCGGCUGAGCUCUCUGUGCCCGCCCACCAGCUCUUUUCUGUUCACCUCCGUGACAGCCUCGGAGUGCCCUUCCUGGAAGCUUCCGAUGCGCGGGUGGAGGUGGAUGUGGACAGGCCUGACGUGGUGUCAGUGGCGGUGGUGCCCAGCCUACCAGGGCCUGACACGUGGCAGCCAGCCAACAUGACAGUGGUGGUGAAGGCGGUGCAGCAGGGCACAGCAGUGGUGCGCGUGCGGGUGCAGCCAGGGGCAGGGCGAGGGACACGUGGCAACCUGCCAUUGGUGGACUUCAUCACUGUGCAAGUGGGCGCAUACGUGUUCCCUCGGGAUCCCCUUGUCCCUCUGGGUGCCUCGCUCAACUUCUCCCUCUCACACCGCCACCACCAGCAAGCUAUGGGGGGCAGCAGGGGCGGCAGGUGGGAGAGUGGCAACAGCAGUGUGGUGGCGGUGGAUGGCAGCACGGGGGAGGCAAGGGCGGUGGGGGAGGGCUCCACUGUCGUGAGCUUCAACGCAUCGCGCCUGACGUCAUACACGAGGGUCACAGUGCUGCCAGUGGCGUCGCUGCUCGUCUCCCCGCCACCCUCCUCGCCUCUCCUCUCCAACGCGCCUCCCCUCGCUGCUGUCGGCCGCCCCUUCCACUUCCCAGUCCAGUUCAGGGACUCUCGAGGCCAGCCCAUGGGACGGCCCGUGGGGUCGCCAGACGUGCCCUUCUCAUGCCACGUGGCGCCUAGCAUGCUCGGCACGGCCGUGCCUCGCUUUGACACCGCCUCAAGCUCCUAUGUCUGCUCCUUCACCCCCGCCUCUCCCGCCCGCAUCUUCUCCUCUCUCACUCAAUCCUCCUCCUCCUCAUCGUCAGCACCACCAGCAGCAGCAGGGGGGGCGAAGUUGGGGGGAGUGAGCAGGGAAGGGGCGGGCAAUGAGGGAGGGGGAGUGGUGGUGGCGGUGGCGGCAGUGGUGGAGGCAGGGGCAGCGCAGGGUGCUCGCCCGGCUGUGAGAGGAGAGGCCGCUGUGCCGUUUGUUGGGGGCUUUGAUGUGCUGGGCGGAGGCGAGAUCUCUCUGUCUCUCGCCGCCAACACCACCACCAUUCGCCUCGUUGGAAACACAAGCUCAGUGCAAGUGGCAUGGAGCCAAAGAGCCUCACUGGUGGUUCGGAGGACAGGCCAGGUGUCAUUGCAGGGUGCGAGGAGAGUUAGUCAGAGCACUCGUGCUGCCACUGCUCUCCGCAGCACCCCAGCUGCUCCAGAAGGGCUUGCAGCCUUGGCAGAUGAGACAGUGUUUGCCAUCCAGGUUGUGCUAGGCGAUCAUUCUGACCAUGCACGUGCAUCCUUCGAAGAUGACAUCGUUUUCACGCAUCUUGCCACAGUGCAUGGCACCCACUGCAUGCCAUCCAAGUCUCAUCCCCAUCACUCCCACCGCCCCGCAUCCACCGCAGGCCAAAGGGAGACGGUGCAUGUGACCUUCAAUGCAGCUGCUGCACCCUCCACCCUGGUCCCCCUCAACCUGCUGUGGCUCGCAGCACUCACCGCCCUCGUCGCCUCGGCCAUUCUCCUUCUCCUGCACCUCCGCCCCGGGUCUGCCUUCCACACGCCUGGGUCAAGUGCUUUCUCCCCGGUGUCUCCUUAUAGCCAGAUGGGGUCCCCGAGAUCCGACGACUCUCCACGUGAAGCAGCGCCUGAGAUUCGAAGGAAUCAGUCGCUCGACGGCUCUAAGAAACGCAAGAUCGAGUCCGCGCUCGUUGAGUCCGAAUCGCGCUCCCUGAAGCAGACGAGAUUUGCCCAAUUUGACUCUUUUACUCCAUCCGCCUCCUGCCCAAUCUUCGACUUCCACACGGGCAAGCUCGAGAAAUCUUUCACGUUGGAGUCAGCGACGCUUGGCGCGGGGCAGUUCGGCGUUGUGAGGCGGUGCGUCGAGAAUGCAACAAAUCAGGCCUUCGCGUGCAAAACGAUCAAUAAAGACAGCUUGUCGACGUCAGCGGCGAGGGACGAAGUGCGACGCGAGGUGGCGGCGAUGCGGAGCGUGGCGGGGCAUGCGGGCGUGGUGCAGCUGCGCGCGGUGUUCGAAGACGAGCGACAUGUUCACCUCGUCAUGGACCUGUGCGACGGUGGCGAACUCUUCGACGAGGUCGUGCGACGCGGGCGGUUACCCGAAAGAGAUGCAGCGCUCAUCUUUCGCCAAAUAGCCUCCGCCGUCGCGUUCUGUCACUCUAAGAACAUAAUGCACCGCGAUUUAAAGCCCGAAAACAUCCUCCUCGCAUCCCAACACUCGGCACAAUUCCCCACCGCCAAGCUCGCCGAUUUCGGAUUUGCAAUCCCCAUUCCCCCCGGGCAUCGCGCGUGUGGCGUCGCGGGGUCGCCGUUCUACAUGGCGCCAGAGGUACUGACAGGCGAGUACGGGGUCUCGGCGGACGUGUGGUCGCUGGGCGUGGUGCUGUACGUGCUGCUGAGCGGCAGCCCGCCGUUUUGGGGCGCGGACGACAACGGCGUGUUCCGCGCCGUGCUGGAGGCGCCGCUGGACCUGACGAGCGGCGCGUGGGCGGGGGUGUCGGCGGAGGCCAAGGGGCUGCUCCGCUGCAUGCUGCACCGCGACCCGCGCCGACGCCCCUCCGCCGCCAAGCUGCUCUCCCACCCCUGGAUCCUCGUCCACGCCUUCGGCGGCCGCGUCGUGCGCCGCGUGCUCGUCGCGCCCGCGCUCCAGCAGAUCCGCAUGGCGGGAGGCGCUGCUGCUGUUCCUCUCUCCGCCUAG